CACCUCCUCCUCCCCUCAGUGCUUUAUCAACAGAAGAAUGCUUUGAGAACGAGGGCCUUUCCUGCUUAGAGGGGGAGGUGGCUGAGUGGAUCAGUGAUGCUGAGAUAAUCUCAGACCCAACAGAAGACCUUACGUCUCCUGAUAGCCAGAAUAGUCUAGAAUGGCCACCUCUUCUCACUGAGCCAGUUGCUAGAGAGGUAGAUUCAACAUCUGAGGUGAUGACACAGCUGAACUUCUUACUAGAUGGUUUUGACAACAGUGAAGCUGAAAAUAAUAUGACAGGGUCUGCAGCUGCUGGAAUAAAUUCAACUGCUCAUCAUUCUCCCUCUGACAGAAACAACUCAGAUGAUGUAUAUACUGUGUGUUCCCCUCCUUUUGCUGAUGAAAGUGAGGAAGAAGAAAAAGUGAGCAUUGAUAUUAUGUCUUGUCAGCAGCAAUGGACUAGACUACAUAUCAGAAGCAAGCCUUUCCAACCCUCAUAUUCUGCCAAUAUCUCCUUUUCCACUGAACAAGACCCAACCUCAACCCUGCCUGCAGUUCCCUCAGCCAAACAGCAGGAGGAGCUGUUUUCCCAGAGCCAAUGUGAACUUGCCCCCUGGGGAACAAACCAGGAAGCUGCACAACAGGUGCUUGGCCAGGGCUCUCCACCUUUGUCGACCGUUGCCACGGAGCUGUCCAAUGGGGGCGGGGCAGCUUCUCAAGGCUCUGCUUGUGUUGUAGCUGUGAAAGAAAGGCACAGCAGGGCGGGGGAAAGGACAGAGGGAGAAAGCAAGCAAACAGGUGGAGAGGAAGGGCAGAAAGAGGGUGAACUUGAAAGGAACAAGGCGGUUGGGCAGAAACACGGAGAAGGACUGUUAAAGUUCUCAAAAUCUAUCCAAACACAAGAGCUUAAGACAGAGAAAUACAAAUUUGUGUCUUCUAAACACACCAGGAUGGAGAGUGACUCGUGUGAUGAUAGCCAGAGUGACAGUGGAGUUUCAGCGGACUUCUCCCCAUGCAGCACGUUGGAGGGCAACACCACCAUCUCUACAGGCACUCCAGCAGCUGUACCCAAAGAGACUCCCAUUGAGAGGGAGAUCCGACGGGCUAUAGAGCGUGAACACAGCCUGAGAAGGUCCAGAGGGCUUCCAAAUCCACCCACUUCGCCAGAGUAUGUAGAGAUCCCUUUAAGGAAAACUGUUCUCUGCCAGUCACAAACUCCUAUGUCUGAGAGGUGUCAAGGCAAAGACAGGCAGUUUGCAGGCAAAAAGAUGCAGCAUGAGAUCCGCGAGGAGGUCAAGAGAGAACAGGAUCUGGUCAAGCUUGGGAAAGUUCCAGGUUUCUAUGACAAAGGCACGGUACGCCAACUCAAAGAGAGGAAACAGCUUUUUGAGGCCUUUCAGAAACCCAGUGAUCUGAAUCCUGUGUCAUCCAGGAGUAAGGCUACGUCCUGGUCCUAUGCCAGUGACAUUUCAACCCUGGAGAACCAGGAGGACGUCUCAUCGCAGGCAUCCACCAUAGGAGGUUCAUAUGUGGAGAGGAGUUCCACACAGAACCCAAACUCUGCUGCUUCUUUGACUCCCCGAGGACCAGACUUCUCUGAGGGGACAGGCUGUCAGGUCAUCAUCCUAGAGAAUAACCCGAGUGUCCCAGCACAGAAGCUCUACCACACCAAACCAGAGGCAGAACCCAUCACUGCAGUUGACUCUGGAAGUCCUAACAUCUCAUCAUCCAGGACAGGAGGACAUGUUGGGAUUAAAGGGAGAGAGCAGGAAAAGGAUGAGGACAAGGUGGCACCCAAGGAGAACCCCUUUUUCAAGCUGCGCUCCUCAACAAAUUUAGUUAAAGUGGAGCAGGACAUCCGGGAGGCUCAAGAGAGGGAGAAGGAGCUUCACAAGCAGAGGAUCAGUGUGUAUGGUGGCAUGGAGGGUGCAAAAGUAGGGGGGAUAGGAGGAGGGGGAGGGGGGGGAGAAGGAGGGAGGCCAGUCAGCAUUGAAAGAAAGAGUCCCACAUUGUCUUCUUCUUCACUGAAUGGACUGGCUGUUCCUGACUCACCUGGCUCAUCAUUCCGGGGAGUAACUGGACCUCCAGCAGCACGCCGGUCAGUUGGCAAGUUCGGCAUGUGGCCCCCAGCCCAGGCUGAAGAGGAGAAGAUUAACCGGCCAGAGGUCCUCCACAGUCCCCAGACACCCAGACAGAAGACCCCUCUGGUGCGACGCUGGGAGUCAGGCCUGGUCAACGGACACAACGAGGAAGACGACUGAGGAGACGUUGACAGAGCGACAUGAAGGAGGGAGGAAGGUUAACCAAGACUUUUAGUUUUUGAAGUGGAGGGCUGAAAGACUGCAAGAUAAAAAGGAGAGCAGUGUGAGGAAAGUGGGAACAGACUAGAGGAGGAAAGAGAGAAUGUGAAGCCAGAAAGAGGUCAGGGAUUGAGGCUACAAAGGGGGUCAGGAGGAUUGGGAGCAAGGAAAAGGAUUGGUGGUCGACUGAAAACCCUGAAGAAUCCUUCAGCGAGGAGGAGAGGAAAAGGAGGAGGAGGGCCACCUAUUAGUGGAUAAGCACUCGGCCUGCUUCUGGUGCUGGAAAACUCUAAGACUAAUGAAUGUAAAAAGGCAAAAAAUAAUAACACUGCACUGGAGAAAAGAAAAGUGUAAAUUUAGUAAGAAUGGGAUUUUCAAACCUUAAUGAACUUCUUUACCAUUGAAUUUUUGAAAUAAUAAUGAGUUAUUCUUUGUUGAUGAAAAUAGAUUGGUACAGUGGUACAGUAUCUGAUACAGAAAGAAAGCUAGAAAAACAAUGCGUCAUCGCCAGUUUUAUGCCUUUAAUGAUGUCUUAAACUGAGUUACUAGGUUAUUACACCUGUACAGUCUAAUGCAAUCCCAUAUAAUAGCCAUGCAAUAAAUCCUACCUUUGUGUAGCUAA